AUGAUCCGCGCCAAUACCACCAGGGCUCACGGUACCCUCAUCAGCCGAGCAUGUCAAGGCCUUGCGACCCGUGGCCCUGCAUCGCGUUGGCCAGUCUGCCAUUCUCUCAGCCCGGCCCAGAGCCCAUCUCUGGUCAUUCAAUCUAGAGGCAAAAAAACGAAGAAAGUCGUUCAGAUAUCAGACUUGCCUCAAGGUGUUAUCAAGCCUGAGUUGAAGCCGGUGGAGGAGACCCAAGAUGAGCCCUCCUAUCCAACUGUUGUCCUGCAGGCAAAGCGCAACAUGGAAAAGUUCGACAAUUGCGUCCUCCUGACCCGUGUUGGGGGAUUUUACGAACUAUACUUUGAGCAUGCAGAAGAGUACGGCCCAUUACUCAAUCUCAAAGUUGCCUCCAAGAAAACAAACGCUGGACCUGUUCCCAUGUCAGGGUUUCCCUUUUUCCAGCUUGACAGAUUCCUCAAAAUCUUAGUCCAAGAUCUGAACCGCUACGUGGCCAUUGCUGAGGAGUUUCCCAAUGACGCCCCUGAAAAGAUCAAGUCCGGCGGUCUAAUGCAUGAUCGUCGGGUGGCCCGUAUCAUCACUCCCGGCACACUUAUCGAUGAGAACUUCAUCGACCCUUAUGCAAAUAACUAUGUUCUUGCUAUCCAUGUUGACCAGCCCGAAGAGCAAUCCUCUUCUCCCACCACGCCAGGGGAUGCCGCACAGCCUCCUCGAGAGCUGGAAGAAGCUUCUGUUUCGCUGGGCCUGGCCUGGCUUGACAUCUCUACCGGUCACUUUUUUACGCAAGCUGCUGAUCUCUCUUCGCUUCCCUCCAUCCUUUCCCGGGUUGGACCUCGAGAAGUCGUACUGGAUCAAGGUUUAGAGGCACGGCCGGACCAUGGAGUCUUCUCUAUUCUAGCCGAGGAUAGGCAUUUGAUAACUUACUCAAAGCCAGACGGUCCUCUCGGCCUGGAUCGAUGGGUACAAUUUUUGGAGUCAGAUAUACCGAAAAGCUCAAGGGACGCCUUCACCGAUGAUGAAGUUCGUGCAGGUGACCUUGUCCUUCACUACGUCAAAGAUCGUUUGCAAGGCAUGAGCAUCAAGCUCCAGGCACCCCUGCGAUAUGAAAACAUGAAAAUCAUGAAUAUCGAUAAGAACAGCAUGCGUGCUCUCGAAAUUAACCAAACGAUACGCGAUGGAUUCUUCCGCGGAAGCCUACUUCACGCAAUCCGACGCACGGUAACCAAGAGCGGUGCGAGGCUGCUCAAGGAAUGGCUUUGCUCUCCCUCAACCUCUCUCGACGUAAUCCAGUCUAGACAGGAUCUAGUCAGUUGUUUUGUCAAGGCACCAGACCUUCAAGAUUCUAUCAUCACCCUACUUCGGAGAAGCCAUGAUUCUCAGCGACUAGUCCAAAAGUUUGCUCUCGGACGAGGAGACCCAGAUGACCUCCUCGCGCUCGCGAACACGAUCCGAGCAACCGAGGACAUCGUCAAUCUUCUCAAUUCUCAUGUAACAUCAGAUUCUGCGGAUCAGACGUCCCAUUGUAUCAGCACCCUCCUGUCCAGAAUAAGCCUAGAUGGGCCAGUAAAGUUAGCAAAAAGGAUCAGAAAAGCCAUUGACGAAGAAGGAGUUGUCAUUCAGCAUGAGGCGCAAUACUCGGAGGCCAGCCAAAUGAUGGCCCUCGCCCAGGAUGUUGUGGCAGCAGAGGGUACCCAAGAAGAUGCGGAGGCCGUCCUUCCAAAGGGGAAGAAGAGGCGUCCAACCUCCAUCAGGGAGCACUACGCAGAAGACAACGAGUCCUGGAUCAUGAGGCCAGCCGCAAGCCGAGCCUUGCAAAAGUUACACGCAGAGCUCGCUCAGCAACUCCAAGAGAAGAUUGAUCUCAAUGAGGAACUCAGAGAGCGGUUUGGAGCCGCCAGUCUGACCCUUCGCUGGACUCCUGCCCUGGGACAUAUCGCCCACGUCAAAGGAAAAGAUAUCAGGAACCUCACGGAGAUCAAGACGCUGUCUGCCAGUCGAUCCACCAGAUCUUUCCAUCUCCCUGAAUGGACAUCACUCGGGCAGCGGCUCGACCAAGUGCGAUUCCACAUCCGAGCCGAGGAGCAGCGAGUGUUCCACGCACUGCGAGCCCAGGUGGUGAUGAAUCUCAUUGAGCUGCGCCGGAACGCCGCCGUCCUAGACGAGCUUGACAUCGCCACUGCGUUUGCCAAGUUGGCAGCUGAGCAGAACCUAGUACGUCCUCAGCUCAAUAAUUCAACAUCCCACACAAUCAUCGGCGGCCGCCACCCAACGGUAGAAGGCGGCCUCUACGAGCAGGGAAGAAGUUUUGUCAGAAACGACUGCCUCGUUGGGAGCCCAACGCAUGGCCGACUGUGGCUUAUCACUGGGCCCAACAUGGCUGGCAAGAGUACGUUUCUGCGGCAGAAUGCCCUGAUCACAAUUCUGGCACAGGUCGGCUGUUAUGUGCCUGCCUCUUACGCUGAGAUCGGGAUCGUUGAUGCCAUCUUCAGCCGUGUCGGCUCAGCGGACAACCUAUAUCGAGACCAGAGCACAUUCAUGGUGGAAAUGCUGGAAACGGCUCAGAUCCUGAAGAACGCAACGCCCAGAUCACUUGUCAUUAUGGACGAGAUUGGACGAGGCACCACUCCAGAAGAUGGCACGGCAGUCUCAUACGCCUGUCUACACCAUCUUGUCACAGUCAACCAAUGCAGGACGCUUUUCGCAACACACUUUCACGAGGUUGCAGAUCUCGCCUCGGGAGAAGGGCUAUGCCGCGAGGAUCAAGGAGCGGUUCGUUUCUACUGUACUGAUGUGCAGGAGGAUGGCCGGGGUGGAUUCAUCUACAUUCACAAACUACGGGAAGGGGUCAACCGCCAAAGCCACGCUCUAAAGGUGGCGAGGCUGGCGGGAUUGCCAGCUGCCGUCAUCGCCAAGGCAGAACAUGUAUUAUCAAAUGCUGUACAAACACAAGAGGUUUCCACCUCCGCGGAAUGA